UCUUCCUGGCAGACGAUGAGGAUGAGGAAGUUCCCCCUCUCUCUCCCGGCGUUUCCCGGUGCAGCCGGUGGGGAUGAGGAGGUUCCUCCCCUCUGUCCCGGCGUUUCCCGGCGCAGCCGUGGCGCAGCCGGUGCUGCCGGUGCAGCCGUUGCCUGGGAACGGCGGUCGCGGAGGCAGAGACGCGGGGAUCGCUGUGUCGGUUGUUGUGCAGCUAAAUCUAGGAGAGAGUGUGGGGGGGAGUAUUUCAGAGGAUCUCCACAGCCCAGCUCCCUGGGAGGAGGGCAAAGGUGUGAAUGGACGGUCCAUGUGAAGUUACACUGGAGUAACCCACUGAGAGCAGCGCUAAGCAGUGAGCCCAGGGAGAUGUCCCAGGACAGACAGACGGCUCAGGAGACAGAUGACCCCCUUGUUGCUGCCAUGGAGAGGGAAAGAGCACCAAAAGACACUGAAGAGUCACCGUUGUGCCCCCGGUCAUCUCCUUUAGGCUACGGGGAGAAGCACACACAGCAUCAAGGCUCUGGCAGCUUGGUGUGGGCAGCCUCGCCAGGGAUGCUGUUCGGGAAGACCAGAGACAGGAGCGUUUACUCCCUUGUCCUGUCCUGGGUGUUUGGCUACAACAGCAGCCUGGCUGUGCACAGCCUGAUGGACGGGGAGGACUGGGUACUCCUGUACGUCUCCUCCCACAUAGUGGUCAUCCACGAUAUCCUGAGGAACAAGCAGUUCCUCCUGCAGGGCCACACGAAUGUCAUCUCCUGCCUGUGUGUGAGUGAGAACAAACGCUGGGUCGCCACUGCCGACCGAGGGCCAGAUGCUCUGAUCAUGGUGUGGGACUCCUACUCUGGGGUACCCGUGCACACCAUCUUCGAGAGUCAUUCCGAGGACGGGGUCUGUGCCAUUGCCCUUUCCCAGGAUGCCAAGUAUUUGGUGACCAUUAGUGCAGCUGCUGUGCAGAAAGUUUGUGUUUGGCAAUGGACUUUGCCCACAGAGAAAGCCAUAUGCAGCAUAGAGCUGAAGCCUGAAUUUGGGCAUCAGGAUUAUGUCAUUUUUAACCCUCAGAAUCCCCAUGAGUUCAUCAGCAACAGCAAAACCCAGAUGAUAUUUUACCUGUGGGAUGACUCUGGUUUGCAGUAUGGGGCACCAUUCCUGAGCAACCAGACCUUCAAGUGCCUGGUGGGACAGUUCAGCCAGUCGGUUUUCCAUUUUAACAACACCCAAGCUCUGACGGGCACCUUGGCUGGGAAGCUGGUGGUGUGGGACAUGGACAAUCCCCGCACUCUCCCCGAGGAACUGCCACCCAAACCCCACGGAAUAACAGCCACCAAAGUGGUGUCAAUGCAGGAGGAGAGUCUUACCGUGCUCCAAGUGUUGGAGAGCUGUAUAGUCACAGGUGAUGUGAAAGGGCAGGUUAAAUUCUACGAUGGGCAGCUGCAGCUCCUCGCCAUCUACAGCCACGACAAAGUGGGUCCCAUCCAGUCCAUCUCCUUCUCCAAAAUCCUUCGUGAUCCUCCCAGUGGCCUCCCAGGCAGCAGCUGUCCCUUUCUCACCAGGAACUUUAUCCUUUCAACCUCUGAUGCAACCAUGUUCCAUGUUGCAACAGACAGCACAAACUUUGAAAGAAUCAUGCAAGAGGCAAAGAAAGCUGUGAAUGCCAUUGCCUGCCACCCGCAGGAGCCACUCGUGGCUGUGGGGAGUCACUGUGGGCUGCUGAAGGUGUGGGAAUACAAGCAGACCCGGUACCUCGUUAGCAGGAUAUUCACUGAGGCUGGCAUCCAGUGCUUAUGCUACGAUCGUCAAGGUUAUUUUCUGGCUGCUGGUUUUACUGAUGGAAGCGUUUACAUCCUUGAUGCAAUUUCCCUUCAGUCCAUCUGCGAGAAAUUCCAGUUCUCGCAAGGUCCCGUGACUCACAUCAGCUUCUCUCACGAUUCCAAGUACCUCGCAACAGCUGAUGAGACCUACUCAGUGAUUGUUUACAAGAGAGUCCUGCAGAAUGGGAGCAGAUGCUGGGAGCACCUGGCAGGGCUGGACUCCCACUACAAACCCAUCCGGAGCAUCCUCUUUGGGGUGCACGCAGACAGCAAGGAGCCCAGGCUGCUGAGCCUCGGGGAGGACCGGCAGCUGGUUGAAUAUGACCUGAACAGCAGCAUCAAGGACCACUUGGUGGUCACACACAGGGACAGGCUGGAGCAGGCUGCAGUGCCCCUGUGCUUGACCUGGUACCCAGAGCUCAGCACCGAGUCCUUUUUCCUCACUGCCAACAACUGCUACAAAAUGAAGCUCUACAACACAAGGACCAAAGUGUGCAGAAAGACCCUUUUGGGACCAACCUAUGGCUCUCCCUUGGAGAAGAUACAAAUCCUCCCUAGGACAAGCUCUGCAGACCCCCAGCAACACUACCUGGUGUACAUUACAAAGGACAAGGUGGGCUUGCAGAAGCUGCCUGUGGAUGGCAACCCCCACAGGUCCUCAGCCUUCAUCUGCCACCCGGACGGUGCCUCUGACUUUGCCAUCUCCCACGACGGGCGUUACGUCUUUACAGCCGGGGGAAAGGAGCGCACUUUCAUGAAAUGGAAGGUCAACCUACAAGGCUUGGAUGCUGCUGCUUUCCUGGGUGGGGAGGACUUGAUCCCAUUCUACAAACUCCUGGAUGGCGGCAGAGAAGGCAAAUUCUUCAGGGAACUGGAGGACUAUUUUUACUACAUACAGCUGUGCAGACAAGGUAUCGACACACUUGAGAAGAGACAGGUGUCAACACAUAUUCCCUUGGAGGAAAUUCCUUCUGUAAUGAGAGCAAUAGGAUUCUAUCCAUCAGAGAAAGAGGUUGGGGAGCAGAUGACAGAGGAGGAGCUGGCUGAGUGUCUGACCAGCCUGCUGGCCAGGAGACCCAGGGAAGGGGGAUCUGAACUGGACACCUGCGAUCCCACAGUCUACACCAGUCUGGAACAGCAAAUUACAGCAUUGAUUUGA